AUGGCAGGCAUGUGCGUGAAACUGCCACAGGACAACAGAACAAGUGGUGGUACGUACAGCCCCCUGGCCGUGCUGGUUUCAAAGGUCAAGAGGAGAGAAGCAUUGCCCUUGAACAGCAUAGAGAGAGACAACAUGAAACACCUUACUGCAUCUUCCAUACUCGUGGUCUUCUUCCUAACUCCAUCUCUGGCCCUAAGGAACAUCAGUGACAGCCAUCCUCUGGAUGGAUCUGUUGGGACCCAACUCAUCCAUAUCAACGCCUUCCGAGGUAUGGUCAGCAUCCGAGACAACAAUGUUUUGAGUCAAUGGGAUGGAAUCCUGGACUACAAGAAUGCCCUCUUUGUGGCUAAGCUGUUUAGCAUGAUGGCCUGUGUCCUUGCCAAGAUGGACCAAGCAAUCUUCCCAAGUUUGGAUGACAUUAGCAUGGCCCUACGCAGGCAGGAUUCCAGUCAUUACCCAUCCACCCACGGCCUGACCUAUACUGUUUCACCUAGCCGGAUCAAGAAUUUAGCUCAGUAUGGAAUUCUCAUCAAGGACCUGUGCAGAGAUGUCCCCACCUACUUUGCUCAUCAACAGAAAGAAGGUACUGCCCUGGCAGUCGACCCUAAUUCCUGUUUUGCAAUCCAGCUUCUAUCUUUUAUGGGACUCUCCAUCUGUGGUGAGAUUCCUGGACUCUGA